AUUCAGAAUAACGGAAAUUGAGUCAUCUUACGUACGGCGUUUUGUUAAUUGGGUGCGUGGGCAACACGCUCCGGUUCUGCGCGUAAGGUUUGUUCGGUGUUCCCGGAUUCAACAACCACGCUUAGACCGUCGGAAACAGAAACUCUAUAAAUAACCAAACGUUGAUUGAAUCUCUUCUCCUCGCUUCUUCGGCUUCAAGAUUUUUCCUCGUGUUCUUCUUUUUGCUUGAUUUUCUGUUCUUGUUCUUCGCGAUUCGGGUUCUUGGUUUUUCUGCAUUUCGCGACCUCUCCCCUCUCUUUCAGGUUGGCCAUCUCCACAUUUUUCUCGGCGUGUUUGGGAGAUGACAAGAUGUCUUGUGCUUGAUGGACUGUGUGCGUAGUGGUAGUGACAAGAAAAAAUUGAAAAGGUGGUUUUUUAUUGACAAAAGAGUGGGUUAAAGAGGACAUAAGUGAACUUUAUUGCUUUGAGUUGCAAUUAAAAUCUACAGUUUCUACACACCUUGAAUCAACUUCCAAAGCUGGAUCAGAUGGAUCUUAAAUCAAACCACAACUCUCCUAUCCUCACCGACCCUGUGCCUAUGAGCAAGUCGAGGCUCGGUGUACAUUCGAAUAUGUUGCCAUAUGGAGCUACUCCGGGAGUUGGUUUCUCUCCGAAUUUGCUCCUAAUCCCAAGGAAAAAGACUGGCGUGCUUGAUGAUGUUCGUGCAAGCCGUUGGCUAGAUGCUAUGAAAUCUUCAUCUCCUCCUCCUAAUAGGUUGAACAAGGCCGUCGUGAAUGAUCUUUCAUCAUUUGAUUCAGACUUCCCGUAUCGCAGUUGGAUGGUUAAGUAUCCAUCGGCACUUGCCUCAUUCGACCAAAUUGUAACUCACGCGAAGGGCAAGAGAAUAGCAUUGUUUCUGGACUAUGAUGGGACUCUUUCACCAAUUGUAGAUAACCCUGACUGUGCUUUCAUGUCUGAAGCUAUGCGCACGGCUGUAAAAGAGGCUGCGAAAUAUUUCCCGACCGCUAUAAUUAGCGGAAGAAGUCGUGACAAGGUCUACGAAUUUGUAGGACUAACAGAACUCUACUAUGCUGGUAGUCAUGGAAUGGACAUUAUGGUCUCUGAUAGACACUCUACUAACAAUCAUGGCAAGGAAGUUAUGUUCCAGCCUGCUAGUGAAUUUUUGCCUUUGAUAGACGAGGUUUAUAGAUCCCUGAUUGAAAUCACCAAGGGAAUUUCUGGAGCAAAAGUCGAAAACAACAAGUUCUGUGUCUCUGUUCAUUACAGAAAUGUGGAUGAUAAGAACUGGAAUGCUCUUGCAAAUUGUGUUUACGGCCUUCUGGAAAACUAUCCUCGUCUGCGCAUAAGUCACGGUCGUAAGGUUUUAGAAGUACGACCGGUGAUCAGCUGGGACAAGGGCAAAGCUGUUACAUUCUUGCUUGAAUCUCUUGGACUUAGCCACUGCGACGACGUGCUCCCGAUAUACGUCGGAGAUGAUCGAACCGACGAAGAUGCAUUCAGGGUUUUGAAAGAAAGAAAUUGCGGUUGUGGCAUAUUGGUGUCUUCAGUGGCCAAAGAAAGCAGUGCAGCAUACUCUUUGAGAGACCCAUCUGAGGUGAUGGAGUUUCUAAAGUCACUGGUGACAUGGAGGAAGUCAAGUGCUCUAUGAAUAUGAACCUGAAGGGAUUCCAUUCCAUAACAUUAAUUGAUAUAAUGAAGGAAUAAUAAUAAAGGUUGGUCUGCAGAUAAAUAUAUAGAAAGGAGGAGGGAGGGAUAUUUUUUUUUUGGAGCAGAUUUACAAAGAAGAGGCAGAUUUCAGAGUUGCCCGUUUGUUGAUUCUGCUGAAAGUUGUUGUUGUUGAUUGUUUGUUCUGGCUUUGUAAAGUCAAGUUGGUGCAUUAAUCAAUUAAUAUACCUUGUUACUGUAGGAUUCUCAAUUCUUUUAUGUGUUUUGUAGAUUAAAUCUUCCCUCUCAAACUCAAGACUACAUCCAGGAAUUGCCUUCAUUCCAUUGAUUCAAUUCAGCAAAUCAAAGAUUGUUGAUACUUUUUUCUUGUUUGA